AUGUUCCAUUUGGCACGGAGUGUAUACAAGCAUUGGAAUCUACGAGAACAGCAUGACAUACUAAUUCUGGGACUCGAUGGAUCUGGUAAAACCUCAUUUAUAGAAACGUUAAAAGCUUAUUUAUCCAAGCCUUCCAAGGCGUUGAACAAGAUCCAGCCGACGAUAGGACAGAACGUUUCAUUCGUAUCGAUGGAUACACACCAUAUCUGGAAGAUUAUAGAUGUCUCAGGGCAAGAGAGUUUCCGUUACUUGUGGGAUUCUUAUUUCAACAAAGACAACAUACAUGGCAUCGUCUAUAUGGUAGAUACAUCGGACUCAGAUAGACUACAGGAAUCAAUAAACGAAUUACAAGCAAGAUAUGUGAAUACUCCCGCUGCGGUAGAUAUACCGAUAGCUGUUGUUCUUAAUAAGACUGACCAAUGUCUUGAUGUAUCAUCAUUCAUCGAUCGAUUCACCGAAUUGAUGAUCGAUCUUGACGUGAAGAGAUUCAACGUCUUCCAAAUCACUACAGCUCAACCCAACGAUUUACAAGAACCAUCAGAAUGGCUACGAACCCAAUUACAAGAGAAUAAGGAACUCAUUCCACCGUCAUAUAGAUAA